UCAUUUCAUGCAAGAAAAAAUAGAGAUCCAGCUUCUACUUUAUUUUAAGAAUAUUACUUUCUUUUGUGGUUUCAUGUAAUUUCACCAUCCACCUGUAGGACGGGUGGUCAUUCUCCUCUUUUGUUUUGUUAGGAGAUAUUCUUUUUGGCCUUAAUCCAAGAAGUAGUGGGUCUUUUCUUUCAGGGAGACAAACCUGAAUUGGCUCUCUCUUUUAUGUAUAAAUUCCAUGCCGUGUGAGUGUUGAUGCUUUAUGUUUAAUAGUAUUCGGUUUUGGCUCUUUGGAAUGUGCAGUAACAGCUGUGAAGGCCGUUUCCUGCUUUUGCUUUAGUAGCCGAACUCCUAAAAAAAACACCCAAAGGUGGGGAGUGAUAUCAAAACCCUCGCCGGCCCCCUCCCUUCUUUCUCUCUCUCUUAACCGCGUAUACACAGCCAGGUUUGGGGCACAGGUUUGAAGGGGUUGUGUGUGUGAGAGAGAGAGAGUGUUUUUUGAGGACCUCUUCCUUUUGCUCAUGGGCUUCAGUUAAAGUAGGAAUUCUCGUGUAUUUCUUUUCAAGCUAAAGAAGGUUUUAAUAUCACACUCACAGUUUCUUCUUUUCUCCCUUCGUUUCUUUCUUACUCUGGCAUCUCUCUCUCGCCCCCUUCUCCCUCCCUUUCUUUCUGCUUCCUUCUCCUUAGACUCCUGGUCGUCUUUCUCAUCUGGUUGGUGCCGAAUUCCUUAUCCUGGAUCCAGGUUUCAUUCAAGAAGGUUUAUUCAGAAUUUGAUUAGUAUAGUCGGUGGGACUUCCUCUGAAAAGAUUCCAGUAAAGUAAUGGAGGAGAGCAUCUGAUGCCCAUGAAGUAGCCAUGAACAGGAGUAGCAUAGGUUCAGCCAGCAGCUCCGAUCUCAUUGAUGCCAAGCUGGAGGAGCAUCGGAUGUGUGGAUCCAAGCAGUGUCCCAGUUGUGGCCACAAGCUCGACCGCAAGCCGGACUGGGUUGGGCUACCGGCAGGCGUAAAAUUUGAUCCAACAGACCAAGAACUGAUAGAGCACCUUGAGGCAAAGGUUAAAGGAGAAGAGUCCAGGUCUCAUCCUCUGAUAGAUGAGUUCAUACCCACGAUAGAAGGAGAGGAUGGCAUCUGCUACACUCACCCUGAGAAACUUCCAGGUGUGACAAGGGAUGGCCUCAGCAAACACUUCUUCCACAGGCCAUCCAAGGCCUACACCACAGGCACAAGAAAGAGAAGGAAGAUCCAAACAGAAUGCGACCUCCAGAGGGGUGAAACCAGGUGGCACAAGACUGGCAAAACCAGGCCAGUAAUGGUCAAUGGGAGGAAAAAGGGGUGCAAAAAAAUACUUGUGCUGUACACCAACUUUGGGAAGCACAGGAAGCCUGAGAAGACCAACUGGGUCAUGCACCAGUACCACUUGGGGGAGCUUGAGGAGGAGAAGGAAGGGGAGCUGGUGGUGUCUAAGAUAUUCUACCAGACCCAGCCGAGGCAGUGUAACUGGUCAGAUAGGAGUGCAGCAGCAGCAGCUGGGGAGGGAAUAAUGGACCAAAGGAGGGAGAGCGGGAGUGGGAGCUGCUCCUCAAAAGAGGUGGUUAGCCAAAGGGAUGAGCUCAACUCUAGGGCUGGUAUCUCAGGAUACACUGCCUUGGAUAUCCAGCAGAAUAUCAAGCCAGAUAAUUUCAGCUUUGCUCCAUUUAGGAAAAGCUUUGAUGAGGUGGGCAUGGGAGGAGCAGGACCAAAGGCAAGAGAGGAGCAUGAGGAAGCUGAGCACCACCACGCAUUACCGCAGCAUCAUCAUGUGGCCCAAAAGCAGCAGCAGGCGGCACCAACCGCAGCCUUCCACAUCAGCAGGCCUACAAACACCGUCUCCACCAUCAUCUCCCCGCCUCCACUGCACCAGACCUCAGUUGUGCUCAAUGACCCCUACCAUGUCUCAAGGCUCCUACUCCAAGCUGAUAAGUUUCAGCAGCAGCAGCAGCAGCAGCUUCAGCAGCAUCAGAAGCUGGAUCACAGAUCCGCUUCUGGCCUGGAAGAAUUGAUAAUGGGUUGCACUUCAGCUGGCAUUAGAGGAGAAACAUCUGUUCCACACUCCCAAGAGACAGAAUGGCAGUACCCAUACUGGUCACCUGACAACCCAGAUCAUCAUGGGUAAUAACGGAGAGGAGAACGAAGAAAGCUAACAGAACAUCAUCAUUAGUGUCAUCAGUACUUAGAACUUACAGUGUUGUUCUUUUCAAGGGGUGAAACAAGUUGGGAGGAAAAAACAAAGAGGUUCCUCUCUCUUCUUCACCAAAGGGAUUUGGAUAAGGAGCUGACGGCUCGGCAAGUAAAGACUAAUCGUACAAUAAUCCAGGUCGGAUAGAAACAAAGUGCAAAUGUGUUGAAGGAAAUAAAAAAAGAGAGGAAAAAACAAAAAAAAAAAGAUAGAAAAAGAAAAAGGAAGUUGCUGCUGUUGCUGACUGGAGAAGGGAAGGGCAAAAUCCCUGGAACCAACCAACCAUGCAUCAAAAUAAACACUGCCAUCAUUACCAUAUCAAACCCAUAAUCACCUUUUUAUUGUUGUUGUUGUUAUUAUUGCUAAUUGUAAUAUAACUAUUAUUAUUUUAUUGUUUAUGUGUAUUUUUUCUUAUAUGUUGAAACAGAAAAAAUGAGAAGAGAAGAGAAAAAAAAAGAGAAGGUUUUCGAAGAGAGGGAGCUUUCAAUUAUAGUGUUUGUUGUUGGAAGUGAAGUUUUCAAUGGUUUCGAAGCUUGAAGA